AUGGUCCGGGAAACCAGACAUUUAUGGGUGGGAAAUUUACCCGAAAAUGUGCGAGAGGAGAAAAUCAUUGAGCACUUCAAGCGAUAUGGACGGGUGGAGAGUGUCAAGGUCCUCCCUAAGCGGGGGUCAGAAGGUGGAGUUGCAGCCUUUGUGGAUUUUGUGGACAUCAAAAGUGCUCAGAAGGCUCACAAUGCUAUCAACAAGAUGGGGGACAGAGACCUGCGCACUGAUUACAAUGAACCAGGCACAAUUCCUAGUGCCGCGAGGGGGCUGGACGAUAGUCUGUCCUUAGGCUCUCGUGGCCGGGAUGUAUCAGGGUUCACGAGGGCGGCAGGGGGGCCGGUGUACGGGCCCCCUGCCUCGCUCCACAGCAGAGAUGGACGCUAUGAACGCAGACUAGACGGAACUGCUGAAAGUCGGGAUCGGGCAUAUGAUCACAGUGCCUAUGGACAUCACGAUCGUCCUGGAAGCAGUUUUGAACGCCAGCGGCACUACGAAACAGACUAUUAUCGUGAUGCCAGAGAGAGGACUCUAAGCACACCUGGGAGUGGGUCUGGUACUUCGAGUGGAAGCAGUACAACAGUCUCAGCGGGAGUUGGUGGAACUAUUGUUGGUGCUGUUGCUGGCAAUACUGGAACAGGUGGAUCGGCAGGGACCGUGACAGGAGGAAGUGGAGGAUCUACAUCUGGUGGAGUAGGCUUCUACCGCUCCCACAGCAGGAGCCCUUGUCGCUUUGAGACGCCAGAGCCUCGCUAUGAGUCUCGUGCCAGGGAACCCUUUACUUUGGCAAGUGUGGUUCACAGGGACCUUUACCGAGAGGAGAGGGGUCGACGUGGGGAGCGUUCAUACCGCCACAGUCGCAGCCGGUCUCCACACUCGACACAUUCGAGAAACCCCUCUCCUCAAAGACUGGUGAGCCAGGCCACCCGUCCUCCACGUUCCCACAGUGGGUCUGGCUCUCGAAGCCGGUCAUCCAGCUCUGACUCAGUCAGCAGUACCAGCAGCAGCACUAGUGGCAGUGAUUCUAGCAGUAGUUCGAGUGAUGACUCCCCAGCGCGCUCAGUGCAGUCUGCUGCUGUUCCUGCACCUUCAGCACUUCCUUUAUCCUCCCUUGACAAGGAUGAACCACGUAAGAGCUUUGGCAUCAAGGUCCAAAAUCUUCCAGUGCGCUCCACAGAUACAAGUCUCAAGGAUGGUCUCUUCCAUGAAUUUAAGAAACAUGGAAAAGUCACAUCUGUACAAAUCCAUGGAGCCUCAGAGGAGCGCUAUGGACUUGUGUUCUUUCGCCAACAAGAGGACCAAGAGAAAGCCUUGGGAGCAUCAAAAGGGAAGCUCUUUUUUGGCAUGCAAAUUGAUGUCACUGCCUGGAAUGGCCCUGAAACAGAAAGUGAGAAUGAGUUUCGUCCUUUGGAUGAAAGGAUAGAUGAGUUUCAUCCAAAAGCCACACGGACGUUAUUUAUUGGAAACCUGGAAAAGACCACCAGCUACCAUGAUUUGCUUAAUAUCUUCCAGCGCUUUGGAGAAAUAGUGGAUAUUGACAUCAAGAAAGUGAAUGGAGCCCCACAGUAUGCCUUUCUGCAGUACUGUGACAUUGCUAGUGUCUGUAAGGCUAUAAAAAAAAUGGAUGGCGAGUACCUUGGCAACAAUAGGCUAAAGCUGGGCUUUGGAAAGAGUAUGCCUACGACUUGUGUUUGGUUGGAUGGAUUAGCGUCAAACACCACAGAGCAGUUUCUUACCCGCCAUUUCUGCCGCUAUGGACAUGUUGUCAAGGUUGUAUUUGACAGAAUGAAAGGAAUGGCCCUCAUCCUGUACAACAACAUUGAAUAUGCACAGGCUGCUGUCAAAGAGACAAAGGGAUGGAAGAUUGGUGGCAAUAAAAUCAAGGUGGACUUUGCCAAUCAGGAAAGUCAGAUGGCUUUCUAUCGUUCAAUGCAGGCAUCUGGCCAGGAUAUUCGAGAUUUUUAUGACAUCCUCUCUGAACGAAGGGAUGAGCGGCGGACUCAGUACGAGUUUCAAGCAGAACGGCCGUAUUAUGAAAAUGUACGGACACCAGGAACAUACACUGAAGAUCCACGUCGCAAAUAUCCUGCAAGAAGUCGUGAGUUCUACACUGAAUGGGACCCAUAUCAGGGAGAUUACUAUGAUCCACAGUACUUUGAUGACCCACGUGAAUAUCGAGAAUACAGAGCAGACCCAUAUGAGCAGGACAUCCGCAAAUACAGCUAUUUGCAACGAGAACGUGAACGAGAGAGGGAGCGCUUUGAAACAGAUCGUGGACGUGAUCAUGGGAGAAGGACAAUUGAGCGUAGCCAAAGCCCAUCUCAUAUUGCCUCUCGUCGUCCUGCCAGCCCCACUGCAUCACCCUCCCUUUCUGAACGGAUACCAAGUGACUCAGAUCGUCGUAUUUGUUGUCGAUCUUCAGAAAGAAGUGGUAGCUGCAGUUCAAUCUCCCCGCCCAGAUUUGACAAGCCUGAAAAAGCACGAGCUGAAAGGUAUAACAAAACUGAUAAGCUUGAGAAGGAUAGAGUUUUUGAAGUUGAACGAGGAAAUGUGGGUGAAAAGGAGAAGCGGGCAGGGCGUAAAGAUCGAGGGGACAAGGAGAAAAAUGAGAAACAGAGGUUGAAGAAGCUCAAAGUGGCAUCACCUGUCAUCCAAACAUGUGAUACAGAACCUGAACAUGAAAGAGAUGUUAGCCCUGAUUCAGCUCUUCGAAGUAAAAAUAGCAAAGUCCAGAAGGAGGGCUCCAGCAAAGGAAGGUUAGACCUUAUGCCUUGUGUGGUACAGUUAACACGUGUUAAAGAAAAAGAGGGAAAAUUAAUUGGUCAUGCUCUUCCAGAAAAACAAAGACCUAGGGGUGGCAAUGACAGUCCUAGGUUGGCAUCACCUUCAGCUGAUCAGAGGAGUCCUCCAUUCCGCUCCGAGCUGCCAAAAAGUGAUAUAAAUAAGCAUGGAAAGUUGCCCAAAGAAAAAAAUAUGGCUAGUAUGGUGGAGGUUGUUGACAAGGAUGCUAAAAUCAAAUGCAAGAGACAUGGAAAAUCUGAACUGGGAUUUGAUGGUGGUGUUGCUGUGGAUAUUGACCGUUUAGCUGCAAGGAAAAGGCGUUUUGAAGACUCUGGGAAAACAGAUCGACAAAAGAGAACCAGCGAGGAGGAUAUUGGUAGACUAGGACUUCGUAAACUAUGGGACAGUGCUAAGGAGACAGACCCUGAUAAGAACCUUGUGUUAAAGGGGAUGCAUAAGAAGGAGCACCGCAAGGACAACUGUGAGAAAAUAGUUUCUAUUAAUAGUCCUAGAGAUGAACAAGACUGUGAAAGAAACUCCAUGAGCCUUACUCUGGAGCGCCAGUCACAACUUGGAGAGCUCACUGAAGAUUCUAUAGAUCAAUUAGACACUCCCUAUCUGAAAAUUGAAUAUGGGGCAUCAAAAAGCCAGAGCACUUCAAGUCUCACAAAGAUAUCAGAUGAUGGCAGCCUUGAUCUUGAUGAAUCAAAAGAUCAACACAAACAGAGUUUGUCUGAAAAUGAAGAAGAGGGCAUAGGGCAGUGCAGAGACCCAAAUGAGGGUGAUGAAGGACCUCUGUCACACAAUGACCAGGCUAAUAGUUGUAAAAAACAAAUGGAACCGUGUCGGUGGCUCCGACUUAAGCUUAGUGAAUCUGAUAAGUUUGCAAAAUCUGAGAGUCCACAAGUUAAUGAGGCUGAAGAAUUUGAUAAGGAUUGUUUGGUUCAUGAUGUAGAAAAAGCAACUCAGGAUGUCACAAAUGAUGAUUUCCCUUCUUGUAAACGUAAAAAAUUGGAGAAUUUUGACUUUGAAAUGGUCACUGCAAAACGAGAGCGCAACUUUGGUGGUUCCCAAAAGUUGAAUGAUGACACAUAUCAGAGUCUUACAUCCUCAGUAGGUGCUGGACACUUUUCUGCAAAUGAGGAAGAUGAAACUGCCAAGAUCUCUUUAUCAGUUAUAAACAAAGAAAGUAAGUCUUCUCCAACAGCAGAUGAUAAAAUAUUCUCACGCAUUGAGUCAUUAAAAUACAAUUUGGACCUGACGGCCGGUCAUUUUCAGUCUCCUGACACAGAGCUUCCAAAGCUUAAGACAACAUUACAUGGAUGUGAUGAGGAUUUACUGCAACGCUGGCAAAGACGGAUCAAGUCUGAUUCACUUAGAAUGGAUAUGACCUUUCCAAGUGGCAUUGUGAAACGUGAAAGCAUCCGCAAGCGGCUUGGGCAUGAUUUGGAGCCUGGAGAGGUGCAGUCAGAUUCAGAUGAUGAUGGAGAAAACAAACAUAACUCUCCGAAGUCCAAUACCUCCCUGUCUUAUAUCCUCAGGGAUAGAGAGGAAAGGAUGACAGACUUGAAGCUUUCAGGCUCCUUAGAGAAGAAUAAGUUUUAUUCUUUUGCAUUAGAUAAAACUAUUACUCCUGAUACAAAAGCACUCCUUGAAAGAGCCAAGACACUGUACUCAUCCAGGGAAGACAAUUGGUCUUUUCUCCCCUCUCGCUUUCCAACCUCCCAUAGUUGUUCAGAUAAGGAGAAAGUUGAGUUAGCACCACGACCUAUUCCCUCCUGGUACUUGAAAAUGAAAAAGAAAAAGAUACGUACAGACUCUGAAGAGAAGGUGCAUGAUAAAAAGGAGGAACUCAAGCCACAAGACCAAGAACGUCAGGAACUUUUUGCCUCUCGUUUUCUUCAUAGUUCAAUCUUUGAACAGGAUUCACGCCGUUUGCAGCAUCUUGAACGUAAAGAUCAGGAUUUAGAGACAGGAGUUGGUAGACCUCUGGCUAAGCCAGGUUCUACUGAGAUGCAGCCUUUAUCUGGCGGGGCUGACAUUCCACAAGAGCCCAUAGUGCUUUUCCAUAGUCGAUUUUUGGAGCUCCAACAACAAAAGGACAAAGACCAUCCUCCACCGGAUACUGAAAGUGUUGCUAUAGUGGUUGAGAUUAAAAGAGAUGAAGCGCAGACCAGUGAUAAUGAACUGUCUAAAGUAUCUGAGCCAGUGUUGAAAGUUGAUGACAAAUCAGUCAGCUCCUCACUAAUCUUAUCAGUUUCCUCAUUUGUUCCUUCUCCUAAAGAGAUGUCUUCACCAGAAAGGAAAGAAGUUAUAACUCCAUCCUCGGAUCACUCUAUGUCUGUUCAAGAAGAAAAAGGAGAAAAUGUCCUUGAGGCAUCCCCAUCGCAGUCUUCUCCUGUGGAAGACUUGAAACCAGUUGCUCCUAAGCUAACUAUAACCCCUCCACCAGUCCUUUCAGAGCCAGAAACCAAAAUUGAGUCAAAAGUGGAGUUAAUUGAAGCCAAAGGGAAUAUGGGAAAUAGUUUGGUUGUGGGACAUAACCCUCUCUUGGAUGAUAAGCCUCCUACUCCUGGUGGUUCCUUAAGUAGUUUUGAGGCAGAGACUGCAGAACUCCCUUACUCUGAAUAUCCAAAGCUUGCAGAAAAAUCUGAAAUAAUUAAGACAGAACUUAAAACAGAGAUUCAAGAAUCAAAACACUUUGAGGAAUCUCAUAAAACUGAGUCAGACAAUGAUGUAUAUAUGCCAGAGCUUGAGGCUGAAAUAAAACCAUUACCAAGCCGCAAACAGCCUAAAAACAAAAGGGCAAAGCCAGCUGUGUCGGUAUUACGUACUCCACAACCUUCCCAAAUUGCUGCCACUGAGAAACCUGCAACUCGAAAGAGUGAACGGAUUGACAGAGAGAAACUCAAAAGGGCAUCAUCUCCUCGAGGAGAGAUGUUAAAAGCAUCAUCUGAACCUAAAACCACAUCCAAGUCACCAAUUCAUGCUUCAGAUUUUGAACAAAAUCUUGAGUCAAGCUUGAUCCAUGGGAGGACACGUCGCAGAAAUGUACGCUCAGUUUAUGCCACACUACAUGAGGGAGAGCAAGCAGGCAAAGAGGCAAUUGAGUCAUCACGUUCUAUGCGGAAACGUGGUGCUGAUAAAGAACAGAUGCAGCAAGAUGUUCAGAAUCCAUCUGCUAAUACAAGACGAGGUCGCCCACCUAAAAGGGGAGCUAAACGGGGGGAAGAUGUAUCACCGGUAAAAGGAGAUCAGCAAAAAAUGAUGGAAGAAGACAUAGAUACAAGAGAAACUUCAACCACUGUGGAGGUGCUGAAAGCCACUGAGGGAUGGCGUUCACCCCGCACUCAAAAAGUGCAACAACCUCAGCUCACUUCAUGUGCUGGAACCUCAGUUAACAAGAAAGCAAAUAGAAUAGAGAAACAAUCUGGAAGUGCUACGCCACCAGCUGAAGAAGCUGUUGAUCUAGCAAGUAUUGAUGAAUCAGAGAUUCAAUCUAAAGUUGAUUCUGAACUUGUUGGUAAAUCAGCAGAAAAGGAAGAAAACCCAAACUCCCCUGUGCACAGAAAGGAAAAAGAAUUGAAAGAUCACAGUGGAAAGAAAUCUGCUGAUCGGGAUAUUGAAAGAGUAGACCCCAUUCAGUCAGAGAGGACACAACAGCCUGAAAAGAGUGUUAAAAUUAAAACCCCAAGGUUGAAAAGAAAUGCUAAGCAGCUCAUUGAAGAUAAAUCACACAGCCUAAAAAAUCUUGAGAUCCGUGUAAGUGUUGAUGAUGUGAAAGGUUUACUUCGCUCAGAGGAAGAUGAGCAUGAGUCAUUUGAAGCUGCUACUAUUACAAAAACCAAACCAGGAGUACAAGAGAAUGAAGAAACAAAGACUAUAAGUUUCCCGAAAGAGGAUAAACAGCUCAGUGUACAGCAAAAGGAGGAAACUAUGUCAGAACCUGAACCUCCUGCUGAUCCAGCUGCUGCUCUUUUAGCACGGCAGAUGGAACUGGAGCAGGCAGUUGAAAAUAUUGCCAAACUUACAGAAGAGCAACCACCUCGACCAUAUAAGGAACCACCUUCAGCACGACCUACAUUGCUGCCUCCAGUGGUAGUGGAGCCAGAGAAUGAAGUUGAGGAGGAAAAGCGAGCUAAUCCUGCAAGUGAAACUGAACUUGCAGCUGCUAUUGAUUCCAUUACAGCUGAAGAUAUAUCUACAGAUGCAGAUGGAUUCACAGCUCCUCCUCCGUACACUGCUCUCAUUCCUACCCCUGAACCCCUGAUAUCACCCUCUUCCAAUGAGAUAAUGGAACCAGAGACACAUAUGGCAAUUAAUAAUAUUCUUGCAGCUGACCCGGAUGAUGGGUCAGUCAUAGCAGAGUCCAAAGCAGCUGACCCACAUGUUGUUGUGCCUGAGGAUCCCCCUCUACCUGAAACACCCAAAAAAGUAGGGAAGGUUCGUGCAAAGACUCCAAAGAAGUCAAGGACUCGCAAAGGUGCAGCUAAUAAGAAGGGCGACACUGCUGAAGAUGUUUCAGAGCCAGAGCCCUCUCCAGUCAAGUUACCUGAGUCUAUCCCAGAAGACUUAGAGACCAUCAACUCCAAAGCUGUUACUGUUACAGCUGGAGCAGCACCAGCAGGCUCAGUGGUCACUGCUGUUGCAACUUGUAGGCGUGAUGUUACAAGUGCUAUGACAGUGGACACACCUAAGGAGGCAGAACAGCCUGCAGUUGAACAGCCUGUACCCAAGGAAUCUGCCUUUCACUCAGGCACAAGCAACAUUUCCAACUGUAAAAAAUGUCCCCAAGCAGUGGAGCCAUCCACCCCUUCUCUUGCCCCUUCUCCAGCCCACCCACCACCUCUAUCCCAAUUCAGUGUACCCCUACCACGCCCUGGCAAAUUGUCUGUCUCCCCAGACUGGCUUCCUAGAUCUGAAGAAAGUCGAAUAUAUGUUGCUCCUUCAUCUCAUGUUACGGUGGUAACUCCCUCUGCUCCAGCAGUAGCUGCACUUGGAACACCUUCAGCCAAUCCACCAAUGCCUCCUGACACCAAGGCUUCAGAUAUUGAUCCUAGCUCAAGCACCUUAAGAAAAAUUCUAAUGGAACCUAAAUAUGUGUCUGCAUCAAACAGCAAUGCUGUACCUACCACUAUGGUAACAUCUGUAUUAUCCGACCCUUCACGAAUGUCGGAGAAUGAAAUUUCAUCUGACACAUCAGGUUUAAGACAGUUGCAUCCUGAAGAAAGAGCACUUCUACCACAACAACCCCCACAUCACAAACCCUCUCCGCUUACAGAGUCCCAGCAUAACUGUGGAGAGAAAACCCAGCAGUCAGUCAUUUCAUCUCCCACUACCUCAGUAAUAAGUCGAAUUCCAAUGCCUUAUGACACAGAAGAAACACCACGGAUUUCCCUAAGCAACCGAAAUAUUGGGCUGUCUAUUCCCAAGCAGAAAUUUAGAUCAAACUCCAAUGAGAAUAGCCGCUACCAUGUAGUGGAUACAGUAGAAGAUGUAACUAGAGGGCGCUCUGUUGUUGAGUCAACACCCUAUAGCACAGGCACCAGUCCGGGCCUUAGGGUCAAUACAUCAGAAGGUGUUGUUGUUCUGAGUUACUCGGGUCAGAAAACUGAGGGGCCUCACAGAAUGAGAGCUAAAAUUAGUCAGAUUCCCCAAGCUAGUGCUGGUGACAUAGAGUUUCAGCAAUCUGUGUCUAAAUCUCAGAUUAAGCAAGAGCCAGUGACCACAUUAUCCCAACCCCACACACCAAAAGGACCCCCAAAUCCUGCCACUUACGGACACACAGGGGUCCUGUUGACUGGACAGUCUUAUAACUCCCAACCUGUCAUCUCCAGUACCAAGCAGGAGAGUCCUGGGCCUGACAAAUCUGAAGCCAUGUAUCACACAGGAUCCCAGGGUGGGGUGGUAAAGAUGUUCCAACAGUCAGUUAGUACUCCCCAAGUGUUGAUGUACAACCAAGCUGUAAUACAGCAGCAUGGAAAAAGAGGAUCAGGAACCGAACCUCUACCAAAAAAGAUGGAAAUGGCCAAGACUGCUCAGCAAUCUAACCUCAGCCCCGUCAUGAGCCCACAUCACCCAUCAUUAUCUGGAACCCGCAUGAGCCCCAGCCCCGGCAUUCCAACUGAUCGGGCAGUUCCGCACCUAAAGCAAGAACCCCAGUCUCCACGAACAGCUGUUCACUCCUCUUCACCCUUUGCCAAAGCCUGUCCUCCUAGUAGUUCUCCCAUUGGAACGUCUGUGGUUUUGGGUCCUGGCAUGCCCCCUAUGUCUCCAUAUCACUCUAGUGUGCAUCAUCCACACGCAGAACAGUCGUCUGUCAUAAUUCAGCCUCAUAGUGUCACUCAGUCAAUUGCACAUGAGGUCAGGUUGAAUACCCCACCAAUAUCUGGAGUUAGCUAUGGAAGACGAGCUGAAUCCCUGCCAUCUCCUCACCCAGGGCCUACACAGCGCUCAAACACACCUCAGCCCAAUGUAAUUCGAGACAUGGUGCUGCAGUCUCACUCAGGCCCCCAGGGGUCAGUGCCAGGUAGUGGUGGCAGCAGUGGAAAUGAAGAGGAGCCUAGACAUUUUAACCAAGCCCUCAAUAGGUCCUCUGUGCCCCAGCUCCAGUCAGAUGUAAUGAUGAUGCAAAGUGACCACCGAGGGCUACACCCAGGAAUACGCUUGGACCAAUACAGAGACAUGCACCAGCGCAUGCUCAUGCACCAGCAACUGGGAGAGCAGGCCAUUGCAGAGGCACGACAGUCUCGCACCCCAGAGGCUGGCACAACUUCAUCUAACAGCAUCUCUGGGCCAUCCAAGAGUCCUGUUGUGGGAAAAAACCUGCCACUGACCGCAAGGGAGUCUCCCAAACCACUGGAAGGGAAGAUGUCUCACCCACCUUCUACUGAGAGUAGGAUCAUGGGAGUCCAUACUUCAAGUCCUGUUAUGGUGUCCCCUCACCCUCAGGGUGUUCAGCUGAUGCAUCCAGGAAGGUAUCGGGACAUGCGCAGUUUUCCCUCACAGUUUUCAGGACAUCCUUCGAUGGGGCUGAACCUGGCUAACCGAGGCAUAGGACCAUCACAGGUCCCUCCAGAUGCAGAACUGGGUCACAGGGGUAAAUUGUCUCAGUCACGUGUGGGAGGAAGUGACCCUAAGCCUGAGAAUUCCCACCUUCGCCAUGGUUCUUCUAUGGAUCUUUCACACUUGUCCCGAAUGCCAAGGGAUACAGCCUCACCUUCGUACCCAUCUCCCAUGACUUCACCUGUGACAUCCCCCAUGGCACUCUCUCACAAAUCAGAUGCAACUGUCCAGAAGGGACCUGGAGCCUUCCUGCAAACACCUCCACCAGCACUGCCCCCAUCAAGUUCAUCACAGCCACGACCUGAUGUCAAGCUGGAGCAUUCAGGCCAUCGUUCCGUUGACAUGGUGCAGCUUUUAACGAAAUACCCAAUUGUAUGGCAAGGCCUGUUGGCACUGAAAAAUGACCAGGCUGCUGUCCAGCUGCACUUUGUUUCUGGCAACAACAUGCUGGCCCAGCGCUCCUUGCCACCCCCAGAAGGAGGUCCUCUUCUCCGUAUUGUCCAGAGAAUGAGGCUAGAGGCCUCCCAGCUGGACAGUGUGGCACGCAGAAUGACUGUGGAGAAUGACUACUGUUUGCUGCUGGCCUUACCCUGUGGUCGAGACCAAGAAGAUGUCCUUAAUCAGACGCAAGCACUCAAAGGAGGCUUCAUCACCUACCUGCAAACCAAACAGGCAGCUGGCAUCAUCAAUGUCCCCAACCCUGGCUCCAAUCAGCCAGCUUAUGUGGUGCAAAUAUUCCCGCCAUGUGAAUUCUCGGAGAGCCACCUGUCACGCAUGGCCCCGGACCUUCUGAACAGCAUCUCCAGCAUUUCCCCUCACCUCAUGAUUGUCAUCGCCUCUGUGUAAAUUUUUUUUUCCUGAACUAAGCCAACACCAGCCUUUUUGGAUUCAUCCGGUUUUGAAAACUGGGAAUGCCUCAUAUUUUAAUGGGUUUGACCUUUUAUAUUGUUAAUUUAAGCAUGCACUCACUUCUUCACUUCACCAAGUCCUUAAGUCACCCAUCCACCAGUAAUUCCAAAACUCUGCCUUUCUAGAGCGCAUAUGAAGGGUGCCGUGAGGAUUUUUGAUGAUCAAUUUUCUGCUUGCUCAUUUCAAUUUGCCAACUUCUGAGGUGUUGUGUACAGCAUCUUGUAUUUCAAAGCAUUCAAAGGGGAUGAAGCAGUGGAUUAUGACCUUCUUAAGGGAUGUUCAUACUUUCAUAUUAAUGAUGAUUGUGGAUUUUUUUUUUUUUUUUUUUUUUUUUUUGAGUACCAAGCUGAUCAGUCAUUGCACUAUGUUGAGGGAAAAAAUGAAAUUGUGAACUUUGUACAGAUUUGCCUAAAAAUGAUGCGUUAUGAAAUUAUUACUCCAGUGAUCAUCCAUGCUUGCGCAAGAGAAGAAAAUCUUUGCCUGGGAAACGAUCGAGAAUCAGUCAGAUCAAUCAUCACACUGCUUUUGCUCCUUCAUCAUCCGCCAACUUCUACUUCAUUUCCAGAGUCAACUCUCUAUCCCCUAGUGUUCCUUCCCCUAGGAACUCAUGAGGGGACAUUAAGAGUUGUACAGUUUACACUCAAUGCCUCAACAGGGGACUAUGUAGAGAAUAUUUAAUUUGUUUAUUUUUGUUUUCUUUAAACCUAAGGGUAUUGUGGACAAUUGUGAAACUGUAAAUAUUAUAAAUAUUUAAAGACUGAAGCGAUGUGUGGAGACCAAGUGGAUUAUUUUCAAGACAGAUUGUGAAAUUUCAAUGUUUUCUUUCUUUCUUUGGGCAGGGGGGAGGAGGGGCACGGUGGGAAGGAUCCCUACACGAUCCAGGAGUGAUAUUCUCAAAAAAAUAUUUUUUAAAUCGAUUCUGUGCCAAAACAUCUUUUGCAAAUGAUAAACAAACGCAAUGUAUCAAAAAAAAUUGAUCAGAACCUAUUUUCAUAUGUGACUUUGUAUUUGCCACUCAGAGGGCAGACUUGAUUCCCUUUUUUUGGUAUUCUUCAUUUACCUAACUGUUACUACAGCGCUAUUACAUUAUGAAAUCAUAUCCUCAUUUUGAAGGAACAGUUGUAGAGGUUGAAUUGCAGUUCUCUGUUUACCAUACUGGUCAAUGUAUUCCUGUGUUUCCCUCUCAUUGAUGUUGUCCUCUACUGCCCCCUGCUGUUUGUCUGGACGUCAUCCUUCAGCAUAUUAUUGACUGCAUCCUGCGGUCAGUUAGGCAAUGGCUUCACAACCGUUGAGCUAUAGCAUGCUUUAUUUCGAAAUCAUAGAGUAAAGUAAAAUCAUAAAGGCGAAGAAUGUGACUUGAACUUGAAAUCAUGCCGUUAAUGGAUGUGUUAAUUGUCUGUUUCCAUCCCUCUUCUUAACUAUUGUCUCCUUGAGCCAAGCUGUAAAUACUUAUGUCCUCAAUCUGUGCUCUUGUGUAGUUUUUCCCCUUUAUAAGUGUCUCUCUUCAGGGUCCUUAUUUUUGUUUUGUACAACAAAACAAAGCAGUCUGAAAGAGACAAAAGCUAGGUGCGUGAAACCGAUGCUGAAAGUAAACCAUGCUUGUCAGUUUUGUGGUGUAAAUAUUUCUAUGACUGCAGGCUGAAUACUCUCAUGGUUAUGUUGAAGGCACUUCUAAUUUUUGAUAAACAGAUGAGAAGAAAACAACUUAAAGAAAACGGUGAUUAAUCUGAAAACUUUGUCUUUUGAUCAAUCCUCAUUUUAAGUGUAUUUUGCGGUUCCUCCAUGAGGACAUUUUAAACUGUAAAAUAAAUGGUUGUUUAACAUACUUCUACAGAUCAUUAAAUGGUCCAUCACUCUG